GCCUCCCCCUCGGGGAGCCUAUAAGUGGCCCGCGGCGCCGGGGGGCGCCCGCUCCUCCGCGCCUCCGCGCCGCCCGAACCCGGCCUCCCGCCCGCCGCUCCGCCUGCCGGCCGCCUCUCGCCCGCAGUCGUCGGCCCUCGGCGGACCGGGGUCCCCGCGCUCUCGCGAGAAGUGCGUCGCUGCAGGGCGGUGGGGGCGCCCGGGCCGGCGCCGGCCCUCGAGAGGCCGAAGAUGGGGUACUGUGGCGUGAAGUCGCAGCUGCUGCUGUUGCUGGCGCUCGUCUUGCGGCUCCGGAUCCCAUGCCUGGGUGCAGACCCGGAGAGGCCUUCCAGCAUCCCCACAGAUAAAUUAUUAGUCAUAACUGUAGCAACAAAAGAAAGUGAUGGAUUCCAUCGAUUUAUGCAGUCAGCCAAAUACUUCAAUUAUACUGUGAAGGUCCUUGGUCAAGGAGAAGAGUGGAGAGGUGGUACUGGAAUUAAUAGUAUUGGAGGGGGCCAAAAAGUGAGAUUAAUGAAAGAAGUCAUGGAACAUUAUGCCAGUCAAGAGGAUUUGGUUGUUUUAUUUACUGAAUGCUUUAAUGUCAUAUUUGCUGGUGGUCCAGAAGAAGUUCUAAAAAAGUUCCAAAAGUCAAACCACAAAGUGGUCUUUGCAGCAGAUGGAAUUCUGUGGCCAGAUAAAAGACUAGCAGACAAGUAUCCCAUUGUGCACUUUGGGAAACGCUACCUGAAUUCGGGAGGAUUUAUUGGCUAUGCUCCAUAUAUCAACCGUAUAGUUCAGCAGUGGAAUCUCCAGGAUAAUGAUGAUGAUCAGCUCUUUUACACUAAAAUUUACAUUGAUCCACUGAAGAGGGAAGCUAUUAACAUCACAUUGGAUCACAAAUGCAAAAUUUUCCAGACUUUAAAUGGAGCUGUAGAUGAAGUUGUUUUAAAAUUUGAAAAUGGCAAAGCCAGAGCUAAGAAUGUAUUUUAUGAAACAUUACCAGUGGCAGUUAAUGGAAAUGGACCAACCAAGAUUCUCCUGAAUUAUUUUGGAAACUAUGUACCUAAUGCAUGGACACAGGAUAAUGGCUGCACACUUUGUGACUUGGAUACAAUUGACUUGUCUACAGUAGAUGUCCAACCAAAUGUAACAAUAGGAGUUUUUAUUGAACAACCAACCCCUUUCCUACCUCGAUUUCUGGACAUAUUGUUGACACUGGAUUACCCAAAAGAAGCACUUAAACUCUUUAUUCAUAACAAAGAAGUUUAUCAUGAAAAGGACAUCAAAGUAUUUUUUGAUAAAGCUAAACAUGAAAUCAGUACUAUAAAAAUAGUAGGACCAGAAGAAAAUCUAAGUCAAGCCGAAGCAAGAAACAUGGGAAUGGAUUUUUGCCGUCAGGAUGAAAACUGUGAUUAUUAUUUCAGUAUGGAUGCAGAUGUUGUUUUGACAAAUCCAAGGACCUUAAAAAUUUUGAUUGAACAAAACAGAAAGAUAAUUGCUCCUCUUGUAACUCGCCAUGGAAAGCUGUGGUCCAACUUCUGGGGAGCUUUGAGUCCUGAUGGAUACUAUGCUCGAUCAGAAGAUUAUGUGGAUAUUGUGCAAGGGAAUAGAGUAGGGAUAUGGAAUGUCCCAUACAUGGCUAAUGUGUACUUAAUUAAGGGAAAGACGCUUCGAUCAGAGAUGAAUGAAAGGAACUACUUUGUUCGUGAUAAAUUGGAUCCUGAUAUGGCUCUGUGCCGGAACGCUAGAGAAAUGGGUGUGUUUAUGUACAUUUCUAAUAGACAUGAAUUUGGAAGACUUUUAUCAACUGCUAAUUACAAUACUUCCCAUUAUAACAAUGACCUCUGGCAGAUUUUUGAAAAUCCUGUGGACUGGAAGGAAAAGUAUAUAAACCGGGAUUAUUCAAAGAUUUUCACUGAAAAUAUAGUUGAACAGCCUUGUCCCGAUGUCUUUUGGUUUCCCAUCUUUUCUGAAAAAGCCUGUGAUGAAUUGGUGGAAGAAAUGGAGCAUUAUGGCCAGUGGUCUGGGGGGAAACAUCAUGAUAGCCGUAUAUCUGGUGGUUAUGAAAAUGUCCCAACUGAUGAUAUCCACAUGAAGCAAAUUGAUCUGGAGAAUGUAUGGCUUCAUUUUAUCCGGGAGUUUAUUGCACCCGUUACACUGAAGGUCUUCGCAGGUUAUUAUACAAAGGGGUUUGCACUAUUGAAUUUUGUAGUAAAAUACUCCCCUGAAAGGCAGCGCUCUCUUCGCCCUCAUCAUGAUGCUUCUACAUUUACCAUCAACAUUGCACUCAAUAACGUGGGAGAAGAUUUUCAAGGAGGUGGAUGCAAAUUUCUGAGGUAUAACUGCUCUAUUGAAUCACCCAGAAAAGGCUGGAGCUUCAUGCAUCCAGGGAGACUCACACAUUUGCACGAAGGACUUCCUGUUAAAAAUGGAACGAGAUACAUUGCAGUGUCAUUUAUAGACCCCUAAGUUAUGUACUUUUCAGGAAAAUGAAUUUUUCUUUCGGAAUGGAUGAACAUGUCUUUGGAGUUGUGCUUGAGAAGAUGAGAGGAAUAUUUAAGUACCUUCAACAGAACAACUUCACUUUGGCCAAACGUUUGAAAAACUUUUUGUAAAAAAUUGUUUGAUAUUUCAUAAUGGUCUGCUCUGAGCCUUAAAACACAGAUUGAAGAAGAAAAAAAAUAAAAGCAAAUAUUUAUUUCUAUGCCUAUUGUCUCUGAGAAUAAUGACAACUUACUGAAUUCAUGUUUCAUUUGAUAAAAUAUUCAGCUACAAAUGUACAAGUGAAAAUUGAGACCAAUAAUAUUUUAUUAUUAAUAAAAGUUUGGGAAGAAUGUUUA